AUGGCGAAGGGAAAAGUUGUUUUGGCCUACAGCGGUCAGAUUUCGUCUGAAGAUCUUAAUGAUACAGACGAGGGAUAUGAGGUCGUUUGCUGCCUUGCGAACGUUGGACAGGAAGAGGAUUGGGACGCAGUCGAGAAGAAGGCACUCAAGAUUGGGGCCACAAAGAUGGUGAUUGAGGAUCUACAGAAAGAGUUUGUGGAGAAACUGUGCUUUAGGGCUGUACAAUGCAAUGCUCAGUACGAAGGACGCUACCUUCUGGGCACCGCACUCGCACGUCCUGUGAUUGCACGUUGUCUUAUGCGAACGGCAGAGCGUGAAGGCUGUGACUUUGUGAGCCACGGCUGCACCGGCAAGGGCAACGACCAAGUCCGCUUCGAGCUCGCUGCAUAUGCAAUCAAGCCUUCUAUCAAGAUCAUCGCCCCAUGGAGAGAGAGUAGAUUCUUCAACAGAUUCAAGGGCCGAAAUGAUCUGCUGGACUAUGCUGCAGAAACAGGCCUGCCGGUCACGUCUACCAAAGCCAAGCCCUGGUCAAUGGAUGCCAACCUUGCGCACUGCUCGUACGAAGCCGGAGUGCUCGAGAACGAAGAUCAAAGCCCUCCAGAGGAUAUGUGGACUAUGACUGACGACCCUCAAAAAGCUCCUAACGAGCCUACCGAUAUUGUAAUUAGUUUCGAGAAAGGUAUUCCGACCAAGCUUGUCACGCCACAGAAAACGUUCACGGACUCUGUACAGCUCUUCAAGGAGCUCAAUCAGAUCGGGAGGGUCCAUGGCUACGACUCACCGGCGCUCAGCAUCCUCCGUCUCGCUCAUCUCGAUCUCGAGGGUUUGACGCUUGAUUCGCAAGUUAGGGCUCUUCGGGAUCAGUUCAUUACCCAUAACUGGAGUAUUCAGCUGUACAGCGGGCUGUACUUCGCGCCGGAGCGCCAAUUCACAGAGGAGUGCUUGCUCAUCAGCCAAGCUAACGUGAACGGCGAAGUUCGUUUGAGGUGCUACAAAGGGAAUGUGUAUAUACUCGGUCGGUCCAGCAGCUCAAGGCUAUAUAGUCAGGAGGAGGCCUCAAUGGACUCACUAGACGACUUUAAUCCAGAAGAUACGACAGGAUUUAUCAAAAUCCAAUCCAUCAGGUUAAAGAAGGAUCCAGAUCAAUGGGCAAAAUAA